GCUUCGCCUCCCGGGCUGUUGGUUGGUUGGUUGGCUGGCUGGAUGCCGAUGAUAAUGGCGUUUGAGCGAGAUGCUCGGCUCGGCCUCCUACUGUGAGCUCGACCCAGCGCCAUCCUCACUAGGACCGUCAAGCUCAGGCGGGCUUUGCCCCGCUAAAAUGCUCCGUGCCCCCGCCGGCAAGCACCUUGCCGAAGCUCUUACGCGCACUCCAAACGUCCACCGCAGCCUUCGUGCUACCCCCUGCUGGAGCGUCCCAUCCUAGUGGUGUGCGGUGGCUGCCGGUCGGGGGGAGGCAAAUUUGCGGCCAUGGCGGUGAAGGAGCGCGUGGAGGCAGUGCUGAACGUGGGCCUGCGUGUGCCCAGCAUCAUGCUGCUUGAUGUCCUUUACCGCUGGGACGUAGGCUCGUUCUUCCAGAAGAUCCAGCGAUCCAGCCUGUCCAACAACCCCCUCUUCCAAUAUAAGUACCUGGCGCUCUACCUGCACUAUGUCGGUUACAUUCUGAGUCUGGUGCUGCUCACGCUUCCUCGUCAGCACCUGGUCAAGCUUUACCUCUACGUGCUCACCGCUCUGCUGCUCUUUGCUGGCCACCAGGUGUCCAGGGACUACGUGCGCAGUGAACUGGAGUCCGGACAUGAAGGCGCUGUUUACCUGGAGCCGCUCUCCAUGAAGAGAUUCACCACUGCGCUCGUAGGUCAGCUCGUGGUGUGCACGCUGUGUUCCUGCGUGAUGCAGACCAAACGGAUCUGGCUGUUCUCGGCCCACCUGCUUCCCCUGGUGGCCCGUCUGUGCCUGGUGCCUCUGGAGACCAUAGUUUUCAUCAACAAGUUUUCCAUGAUCUUCACGGGCCUUGAGGUCAUCUACUUCCUGGCGUCCAACCUGCUGGUGCCGUACAACCUGGCCAAGACGGCUUAUCGGGAGCUCGUUCAGGUGGUGGAGGUUUAUGGUCUUCUGGCUCUCGGGAUGACCUUGUGGAACCAGCUGGUCCUGCCUGUCCUCUUCAUGUGCUUCUGGCUACUGCUCUUUGCUCUUCAAAUCUACUCCUACUUCAGCACCCGUGACCAGCCCACCUCCAGAGAGAGGCUUCUCUUCCUCUUCCUCACCAGCAUCGCCGAGUGCUGUAGUACGCCGUACUCUCUCCUGGGCCUGGUGUUUACAGUUUCCUUCAUCGCGCUCGGUGUCCUCACACUCUGUAAGUUCUACCUGCAAGGAUACCGAGCGUUCAUCAAUGACAACACCAUGCACAGGGGCAUGACUGAGGGCAUCACCUUGCUGAUCCUGGCCGUCCAGACCGGACUGAUUGAGCUGCAGGUCAUCCACCGAGCCUUCCUCUUGUCCAUCAUCCUCUUCAUUGUGGUGGCCUCCAUCCUACAGUCCAUGCUGGAAAUCGCUGACCCCAUCGUCUUGGCGCUGGGGGCCUCCAGAGACAAGAGUUUGUGGAAGCACUUCCGAGCUGUGUCGCUGUGCCUCUUCCUGCUCAUCUUCCCAGCCUAUAUGGCGUACAUGAUCUGUCAGUUCUUCCACAUGGACUUCUGGCUCCUCAUCAUCAUCUCGUCCUCCAUCCUCACGUCGCUGCAGGUGCUGGGUACUCUGCUCAUCUACGUGCUUUUCAUGGUGGAGGAGUUCCGCAAGGCUCCAGUGGAGAACAUGGAUGAAGUUAUCUACUGCGUUAAUGGGACAUACAGGUUACUGGAGUUUUUGGUGGCAGUUUGCGUGGUGUGCUACGGCGUGUCGGAGACUGUGUUCGGCGAGUGGAGCGUGAUGGGAAGCACUAUCAUCCUGGUGCACUCGUACUACAAUGUGUGGCUGCGGGCACAGCUGGGCUGGCAGAGUUUCCUCCUGCGCCGAGAUGCCGUUAACAAGAUCAAGAGCCUCCCCACCGCCAGUGAUGCGCAGCUACGCCAUUACAAUGAUAUCUGCGCCAUCUGCUACCAGGACCUGAGCAGCGCUGUCAUUACGCCGUGCAGCCAUUUCUUCCACGCGGGCUGUCUGAAGAAGUGGCUGUAUGUGCAGGAAACGUGCCCGUUGUGUCACGCGCAACUCAAGAGCCAAUCGGCCGCCGACGCGCCCUCGCCCAAUCGCGCGCCUGCAGGACAGGAAGAGGUUGGCCAGGAGAAGGCGGCGGAAGAAGACGGAGCCCCAUCUUCCUCCUCCGGCGUGCCUGUCGCAGCUUCCUGUCCGGAAGGAGGUGACAACGCAGGAGGCGGAGCUUCGGGCCAAAGUGACAUCCUAUUGGAUGGUGGCCAAACAACAACUAACGUCUUCAAAAGCUCACAUGACCAAACAGAUGAUGUCGUCGGCAUUUGAACACGCAGUUGUGAACGUCUGUUCUCUCGGCCAAAACUUUUCCUCAUUUCGCUACUCGCCAAUCACUAGCACAGAAUUUCAAUUCGGCGCCGAUGACGAUGCAUGCUCGAGCGUGAAUGCUUGCACGUUUCUACGGUUGCCAUAGCAUCUUCAGCGUCUUUCUUCCUUUGCCCAAUGUGCUUCAAACCGGCGUGGACGCUCGAGGUUUGUGAGCAUUUGCACUGAUGUCAUUUUUAAAACUUGACCUUUGACCCCCGGCCUGUAUGACGCGUCUCCUGAGCUGGUGUGAUCACUCCGAUAUUAGGAGUAGGACCAGCAGGACGCAGACGGACGGCACGUGUUACCUUCACACAGUGUUAGCAUGGUUCAGAAUGAAUACAUUCGCAAUGAGCAAUGUAUGAUGAACACCUGCCAAUCUUUAUUUUUAUUUUUAUUUUUUUUUUUGAAGAAGUGAAUUGCAAAUUUAGUUUUGCAUAUGAGUUUUUCAAGGACUUGACUGGGGCAGAAACCAACAAGUCCACUUUUGUUAAAACCCAAUGACGUGACAUUGAAGGUCAAAAAUAAAAUAUGUUAAUCAU